CAGCUGCAGGCUCUGGUUACACCCUCUCCACCCUCUCAAUGUCCCCACUGCAGGAUGGAGCAGACAGCUGUGUGAGAAGCUGAUAAUAUUCUUCGUGCACAUUCUCCCAUCACUCGGUUUGGUCUUGGAAGAGUGAGCAGCUUCAUCACUGAGAAAUUAAGAGCAGAACAUUUGCCGCUAUGUCCAUGCGAAGGUUCAGGAGCAACCCUAAAACACUGGGGGAUGUUAAUAUGGUGACCGAGGAGCUGAAGAAUCUUUAUUAUAAGAGGCUGCUGCCUAUAGAGAAGUACUACUCCUUCCAUCACUUUCAUUCUCCCAGCUAUGAGGACGCAGACUUCGACAACAAACCAAUGGUGUUGGUGAUGGGCCAGUACUCAACGGGAAAGACAACUUUCAUCAGGUAUCUGGUCGAACAAGAUUUCCCUGGUAGCAGAGUCGGACCAGAGCCAACCACCGACUGCUUCACUGCCCUCAUGUAUGGAAAGAUGGAAGGAAUCAUCCCUGGCAAUGCCCUCACAGUGGAUCCAAAAAAGCCCUUUCGCAACCUCGACCCUUUUGGAAAUGCUUUUCUCAACAGGUUUCAGUGUGCUCAGAUGCCUAAUAAAAUCCUCGAGAGCAUCAGCAUUAUCGACACACCGGGCAUCUUAACAGCUGCUAAAAGAAAGCUGAGUCGAGGCUACGACUUCCCAGCAGUGCUGCGCUGGUUCGCAGAGCGUGUGGACCGGAUCAUCCUGCUGUUCGACGCACAUAAACUGGAGUUCUCUGAUGAGCUCACUCGUGCCUUUGGGGCUCUGCUGGGCUAUGAGGACAAGUUACGUGUGGUUCUCAACAAGGCUGACAGGGUGGACUCACAGCAGCUGAUGAGAGUGUACGGCGCCCUCAUGUGGUCGCUGGGGAAAGUGUUUCGAACCCCAGAGAUCUUGAGGGUUUACGUCGGCUCUUUCUGGUCUGAGCCGAGGCAGACGUGUGACCACUAUCAGCUGAUCGAGCUGGAGGAGGAGGAUCUGCUGACCGACAUCAGGAACCUGCCGCGCAACGCUGCAGUACGCAGACUAAACGACCUGGUGAAGAGGGCACGCUUAGUCAGGGCUCAUGCCCACAUCAUCAGCUACCUGAAGCAAGAGAUGCCAACUAUAUUCUGCAAAGAAAGCAAGAAGCACAACUUGAUAUACCAGCUUCCUGUGAUCUACACUAAGAUCCAGCAACAGCAGCGAGUCCCAGCUGGAGACUUCCCUGACUGCACAAAGAUGCAGGAGAAGCUUUUGGGUCAAGAUUUCUCAAAGUUCAAGACACUCAAACCGAGUCUCAUGGCCUCCUUGGAUAAACUUCUGUCCACUGACAUAGCAAACCUGGUGCCUUUACUGCAGCAGCAGGAACUGAGGAAGAAAUCUCUCCACGGUGUGUUGGAUGGGGAAUUUUUGGGAACCUUUAGGCGUGACCAUUUCAGGAGAGACCCUUUUAAGGAACUCAGAGAUGACGAGAGCAGUGAGGCAGACUUUGACGAGUGGGCCGUAGAGAAAUUAAAGCCAAAGUAUGACGAGAUUUUCUACAACCUCAGUCCAAAUGAGGGCAAACUGAGCGGCACCAAAGUCAGAGAGUGGAUGACGGGCACGCUGCUGCCCAACUCCGUGUUGGCUCACAUCUGGAGGCUGUCAGAUGUGGACGGGGACGGCAUGCUGGACAAUGAGGAGUUUGCUUUGGCAGUCCACCUUAUCGAGGGAAAACUGGAGGGUCAUUGGCUCCCCAGGGAGCUGCCGUCUCACCUGGUGCCCCCAUCAAAAAGGAUGAGUACAGCCAGUGAUGAAGAGUGAACAUAGUAGUGGGAGGAAGCUGAGAUCUUUGAUAUUUUUCAUGAUUUUACCUGGUAUAACUUAAACUGGAGGUGGCAGUUUGUUGUUUAAAAAAAGUGUACAGUGACUGUUUAUGCACCUUAGACAGUGUUAUCCAUUCCUUUUGUAUACAUUAUGAUACUAAAUUCCUUAAAAUUAACAACUAAAUAUCAAUGGGAGUAAGGAAAAAUACAGACACAUUUAAUGUAGGUUGUAUAUUAUACUGUAUGAGUUGCAUUAAUCAUGUAUUUACUACAAAUGGCAUUAACCUUUAAACUUAAAAUAGGACUUAACAUCAUCAUCACCAUUGUUCUCUUGGUGUUAGACUGAGGUCAGGUUGGUACUCACGCAGGUGGCAGAAGCGGCCGUAUAGUCCUGGAGAGCAGAGGCAGCCUCCAUACAGACGAUGACAAUGUCCAUUGUUGGGACAGUUACACUUGCUUCUGCAGAACCUGCCGAAAUAACCCCUCGGACAACCUGUGAAACAUGAGAGUGACACCUUUAAGAUUGGAUGCCAGUUAUUGUAAAGUUAAGUAUCUUUUUAAAAAGACACGAGCUAACAUCUCCACAAGAUUACUAUUAAAUAAAAAAACUGGACACUACUCUCAUCUCUAAUUGAUGAAGGCAGUGUCAAGAUGCAUUGCUCACACUCUGAAUGUAGAUCAGGGAUUCCCAAGGGUUUGCUAUCUCAAUUUAAUAGGUCAAUAGGAUAAUGUCCAGGAUAAAAUAAAACAAAGGAAAAACAAAUUGUCAAAUGUGUCUAUUCUUCUGUUUGAUUGAAUGAUUGAUUUAUUGAUUCAUUGGACUUUAUUGCCUGACCAAAUUCGAAACUUAUCUUGCAUUAAAGACAACAUGUAAAAAUUACAGUCAUUUUACAAAACAUUUGAACACCAAACAUGGGAUUCAAUGCUUUUGAUCUGGGAUCAAGCUCCAUAUUUAAUUUUAGGAUGGUCUGGUGUACAAAAGAGAGCUUCAGUCUGACAAUUUUCAAUAAGAGGAGCGCUCAGGUUUGAUGGUAAGAGCUUAUAUUCGCUGUUCGCAGCAUGGUAGAGGUCAGGGUCAAUGUUGUUAGCCAGCCUAAACGUGUUUUUACUGUAGGCUGAUUCAUAGAGUCUCUGGAGGGGCUGGUCUACAAUCUUUCAGCAGAUUUUUAUUCGGUGGAGGAAUUUAGACUUUAAAUUGUAGGACAGACACUUGUACCAUGUAAUGUUACUGUGCUGCAGGAUACUACACACAGAAGUAAACAAUUCAAUAAUUUGUCUACAGUUGAACACCUUACUGUAAAAUGCUUCUGCUUUAGUAUUUCAAACAUCUACAAAUUAUUCUUAAUGAUCUUACCCUCCAUUAUCCUCUGUUGAAUUUACAGACAUUGCUUAAUGCACACCGUUGUAUUUUGCCCUAUGUGUGUAUGACUACAGGAAUGUUUGUACAAACCAUCCUCGCAGAGCAGGCCCUGCACCCCAGGGGGGCACAAACACUUCCCAGUCACGGGGUCACACGAGCCCCCAUUCUGACAACGGCACAGGCUGUUACAGGCCUGCCCAUAGGUCCCCUGAGAACAUGCUGGAGAAGGAAGAGAAGGACAGAAAAAAAGAGCACUGACAGAUUAAUAGUUGCUCAUGAAUUAAAAUGUGCGGUAUUUCACACUCAGUCAAUGUAAAAAAUAACUCAUGAUUAAGUAGUAAAGGCAGCCAGAUGAAGGGUUAUUCUCAACAGUUUUGAAGCCAACACGUUCCAUCCUGUCCUCUCCCCACAGUCUGCACACUCCUGACACCGUUAAUCUCUCUGGCCUUGUUAGCAAAAACAUCACGAACCAGCUGGCUGUUUGAGAUGUGCUAAAGUGUUACAGUGCAUCAAGGGAAUGUCUGCUCAAUAACAUCACAUGCUUUCUUCCCAGCAGUUUCAUGUCUUGUCAGGGAAAAUCAUAGUAGGCUAUGGAGGACAAACUGUUUUUGUAAUAAACCUCAGGUGCAACCACUUGUAUAUAAAAUGUGAUGUGUGUAUUUAGAAUAGUGGAAUAGACAUACAUAAACAUAAACAGAUACAUAAACAUUGCAGGGUUCAGUGUUAUGAGAAAUUGUUUCUGCUUUGGUUGGCACUGGCAUUAUGCAAACCACAGAAAUGUGUUUUAGCAGCACAAAAUGAUUUUGCCUCUACCACUGUACAAUAAUAAGUUGACAAGUUACCUCUGUGACAUGUUUCUGGGGAAUUUGAUUUUGUUUUUUGCCAAUAAAUUUAGACAUGCACAGAG